AUGGGGCGAGGCGCUCGAUGGGAGGGCAAGGUUCGAGGAUGUCGCGCGAGGCCGUCGAGACCCUCAACCGAAGCGACGCGGCCGACGCGCAAGCCGCCAGCGUACGCUGCUUACGGCCCAAAACGGUGCAGGGACGCCCACGAGCGGACACCCGCACACUCAGUUGAGUCAGCCUUCCUUCCUUCCAACGCCCGACUCUCCUUCUCCUUCUCCGCCCGGACGCCCCCCCACGUCGACGCUUACGAAUCCGCUCGCGGCAGGGAAGCGCAGGGACCAGUGGGUGCGUGUGCAUGCGGACGCGUUGGGUAG